CAACGCCCCCUCCUUUAGACUCGUUUAUGUGUAAUUGAUAGCUGGUCCAAAGUAAAAGGAAUGAAGUUUGAGUAACUCUGCGGCAAAAUGAAACUGCUCCAGAGGGACUGAGUCGCCAAGAAUGGACUCUAAAACUCCCCCUGACAUCAGCUAAAACAUACACCACAGACAUGGAUCGCUGAUUACACACUAUGGAGAGACUAGCCUAUACACUAUAGGCACAAAUGGAACAUGGUGUUGUAAAAUGUGGGGCAAAGAUGUAAGCAGUUGUAUUUGAAAGCAGGAAAAACUAGUUAUAUUAGCUUGUUAGGUAUUCUUAGAUAAGCAGGAAGAAGUUUUUUGGCCAGCAGACAACUCAUAGAUCAUUUAGCUUUGGUAUUACUUUAGAACAAAACAAGAAAUAACAAAUUAGUGAUGGAGUGUGGUGAGAGUAUCCUGUGUGGGGCAGGAGAGCAAGAGCUGGACCCCAACACUGUGAGUGAGGAGGCAGGAAAACUGUAUUCAGAACUGCAGACAGUUAUUGAGACCCACGGUGCAGAUGUCGUGGAGUCGCUGGUCCCAAUCCUGGUGUGGGUCCUGGAGGGACUGGCCAGCUGCAGAGCCCAGCUGAGAGAGAGGGAGGAGGAGGCGGAGAAGGAGAAAGUGGAGCGCGAGGAGCUGCUGGAGAGAUACCAAGCAGAGAAAGCACUGAGGAGAGAAAGUCAAGAGAGGUAUCUAGAAUUGGAUGACCAAAUUGAGCAGGAAAGGAGGGCCGCAAAGGGAAGGGAAAAGGAGAGAGAGCGGCGAGAGAGAGAGCUAGAGAAGAAAGCGAGAGAACAAGCAGAUCAGUUGGUGGCCUUGGAGGAGCAGAGGGCUAAUCUGGGUAGAGAACUGAGCACACUGAGGCACACUCACAACAAGUUGACUCACAUGUAUCGAGAACUGUUAGACAAGAAAAAGGAUUCUGAAAGAGAUUCUCCAUUAAGGAAUCAUGUGCGUCUCAAGAGCUCUGAAUUAUCAGCCAACCAAGGCCUUUUGGAUUCCAAUGUCCAUGAUAAGACUGCUCCAAGACCAGACUCGCACUCCCCUGUGGAAGAUCCAGCAGCCAAAGAAGGAAAGGUGAUUGACAUUGCACCAAAAUCUGCUACAGAUUCAUCUUUUAUCGAUGACAUCAUCAGCUCCACCCCAGAACUGACACGCUUCCAUGGCAAUCUGCACACUAGCAGCCCAAUUACAGUGAAAAGUGAUGAGGCGUCAAGAGACGAAUCCACAACCAGCUUGGAGGAGGAGAUGAGGGAAGUGACAGACAAGGAGGAGGAACAGAAGAAAGAAGAAGGGCAGGAAGGAGAAAAGCAAGAGAGAGACGAGGAGGAGGAAGUGUUGGAGGAAGAUGAUAGCAUGGAGUGGGAAUUACGCAACACUGACUCUGUGUUUUCUGAACUGUCAGAGCUGAGUCGAGAUUAUGUGGAGAGUGUAGACCGUGGAGCCAGUGUCAGAGGAAGUGGCGACCAGUUUGAGGAGAUUGUUUCAAAGUACGAGGAACUGAAACACACCCACGAGUUAGUGGAUGCAGCCCGUAAAGCUCUGAUAUCUCGGGUGGAGGAGCUGACCAAUGACCGUUCAGCUCUUCAAAUGGAAGUGACUACUCUCCAAGAAACAGUCUCCCGAUUAGAAAGCAGGAUGAAGGAGAUGGAGGAGGAAACUAAGAGACUUCGGAAAGAGCUGGAAGUAUUUCAAUCUCAAGAUCCUGAUGCCUCUCUACCCACAUCCUUGCGCCGCUUCUCUCGUUCUGAAAUGGCUCGUGUGGUCAUGGAGAAGAACCAAUACAAGGAGCGUCUUUUUGAGCUGCAGGAGGCAUUUAGACGUAGUCAGGCUCUUCGUGCAACAAAAGAAGAGCGGAUGACGGAGGAGAGAAGGUCAAGUGUUUGGAGAAAGUUCAACCGCUUGUUUGGCAUAUCAAAGGAGCCCUUGAUCCCGCCGCCUGCUGCAGCAUUUGCCCUGCCAACAUCCCCAGCACUCAGUCGCUCUCCUCUGGGGUCUCCACAACUACGGGCUGUCGGUCAGACUCAGGCUGAUUCUGCUUCUCCUGCUGCUCUUUCACCACGCGUCAGGAGGAGGGAGCUCUACAGAGAAAUUCGCUCUCACAUUUGGAGAACACUGGGAAAACGACAGAUGCACGGCUGGAGCAUGCCACUGUCACACACACAGGAAUCCCAGGAACUUGCCCCUGAGCCCAAAGAUGUGCCUGUCCUAAUGCAGCUCAGACUGCUGGAUCAGCGAGACUCCACAGCUAAGCUGCACUGUGCUGUUGCAGUCACACCUGAGAUCUCAGGAGAGGCCACGUGCUCUGUGUGGGUAGUUUCUGGCCCUGCCUCCAGCAGUGACAUCACAGUGAUUGAUCCAGCACGGUCCAAUACAGUACUGGAUCAGUUCAGCCUCCCCCCCACCUCUCCUGCUCUCUGCAUCUGUGCCGUGCCUCCCAUGGGUGACACGUCAGGAACAGUGUGGAUUGGAACUCAGGAAGGAAGUGUGCUGGUACACUCAGCCUCCGCAGGCAGGAGGCGCUGUCUGCAGUCUGUUUCCCUAACAGAGGGUAUUUAUUCACUCACGUAUUCCCAGAGUCAAGUUAUAGCUGGCUUAGCAGACGGGACAUUAGCAUUUUUCUCACACAACUCAGGUGGCUGGGAUCUACAAUCACACAAAGUAGUGGCCCUUGGAUCAACGCCUUUGCAGCCCAUUCGCUGUUGCCUUGCAAAAAGUGGCCGCUUGUGGGUGGGAUACUGGAACCGGGUCCACGUGGUCAACCAAGAAAGCCAGAAAGUUGAGCAAACAUUCUCAGUAUCGGAGCGCAGUGAGCAGCAGGUGCGUUUCCUGUGUGCUGGUGGAAGUGGUGUUUGGACGUCCUGCAGGCUUGACCCAGUCCUCAGGUUAUUUGACUGGGCCACAGGACGACCACUACAGGAAGUUGAUUUUACCACUCUGGUCACUAAAACAUUAGGCCCAGCCUUCCUCACACUUUCGACUCUUCAGAUCUCCUCUCUCACAAUCAUCUCUGGGCGUCUGUGGGUGGGCACAGGAAGCGGUGCCAUCUUCUCCAUCCCUUUGUCUAUAACAUCGGAGGCGGUUUCCAUCCCAUACUGCUCAAUUGCAUCAGCCCAGCUGUGUUACCAUGGACACAGGCAAUCUGUCAGAUUCAUCAUUGCUGCACCUGACUGUUUGAACACUUCGUCUGGCAGCAGCACUGUUACUACCUCUCAGCUCAUCCUCAGUGGAGGUGAGGGCUACAUCAACUUCCGAAUCGGGGAUGACGCAACUGACGUAUCAGGAGAGUUACCACAAUCAACACCUCAGCGGUCUGAACGCAGUCAUAUGAUCAUCUGGCAGAGUCCCACCCUCUUGGUGCCCAGCCCCGCCCUCUGACGUGAUUCAGCCUAUGGAUCUCGGUUUGAAUUGUGAUAAAGGUGGAGCGGACAUCAGCAUACACGGAUUAACACUGGAAAUGGUUCUCUGAUUCUCUGAUAAUUACAUCACCCCAGUGUUCAUUGUAGCAAGUAUGAAAGGAAACUCCAACAGCUGUAGAAAUAUGUAGUCUAAUCUCUGGUUCAUACCCCUUUAUCUUAUUCAUUGUGAAAAUCCAUCCUUUGAGUAAAAUACCCCAGUGGAUGAUGCUGUCUUACUAUGUGCCUUAAUCUGACAGCUCUUGAUCUUACAGCAUUGCUGUAGAAUUGGUCAGUAAUCUAGCUGUUAUUUUGUUUGUCCUUUGCCCUUCCUUAUUGUUAAGAUUAUUGUCAUACAUAUCACACUAACAGCACUUUUUAGAUUCAGUCACACAACUCAUACCUUUUUUGCGAGACUCUUGUUUCUGCUGCUCUCCUAAGAUCAGAUACACAAGGGCUCAUUCAUACCUCCAUUCCAUCAGUUUGGCUUCAGGUUUCCUCUCAUAUACUUUUUGAUCAAAUGUUUACCUUAAUAGUAUGACUGGACUUGAAGGUGCUGUAUAAGCAUGCUGUCGGUAACUGUGAACUGGAACAGGUAGUGGCUUUCUCUCAGCAUUACGACAGACUCUUAUCUCAUGUUGCAUUUACAUAUUUGACUGGUCCAUUUGAUUAUAUAUGUGUGGUUUGUGCAACUCAAAUCCAACCCUCCCACAUUGGAUGUGGUGUCAUUGCACGUUACUGCCAUUUCUAUGCAAUAUUUUCAUUGUGUGUGUGUUGCACAUUUUGGAUGUUUAUGAACUCUCUUCCUUCAUUGCAAUGUUUUUCCUUAGAAAUUAUUUAUUCAGCUUCUUUGUUUUUUCCAUUCUUUUGACUACAUGAAAUACUUUGGGCGUCUUAAUUUGUUUUAUGUUGUUUUAAGUUUGUUACUGUAUCAUGUAUAAUAAGGGAGAGAGAUUAUAUAACAGUUUUGAAGUGACCUAUGCAGUAUUUAUGAACAAGUUAUCACUUCAGCAUCCCAAAUUUCUUGCACAGACAAUCAAUUUAAGACAAACUCAGUAAUGACUCGACCAUGUGUAAAUAUGAUUAUUUUCAUUAAAAAUUGAUUGAAUGGUCA